AUGAUUAUGCUCUUCGUCUUGCAUCCUGCAGUGCAGUUACAGUCUGUUUCCAAGCGAUUUUUCACACUCGCUCGCGACAAUAACCUGUGGAGACUCCACUGCUACGAGAAGACAUGUCCCGCUUUAGCCGCCACACGCCUCAAAAAGACCAUCUCCGAAAGCCUCGUCACGAAUCCUACGGCAUCUCUUACAUCGCUGGGCCAGACAUCACUACGUUCGUUGAUCCAGCCUCAACUCGGUGAUGGCACACCGGAUGGCCAUCCUCAGGUUCCGUCCUUUGGUGAGAGGGCAAGGGCAGUGGCCGCGUGGGAUCCCUCUGGGGAGGGGGAAAAUGUCGACUGGUAUUCAGAAUAUGUCGCUCGGAAUGGACCAAUUUCAUUAAGUUGGCUUCAGCAACCAUUUAUAAAGAGCCAAGGCGGAAUGGGCCUUUUGCGCGACUGGAUGGUCUCACCCUUAGGUGACGGUAGCGUAUGUGUUUGGGAUCUCAAUCACUCCCAUUCUAUUGGCUCUCAGGCUACGAAGGGCAAUAUUCUUGGAAUGAGUGCUCCAGGUAUUUUAACGGCCGAUCUGUCUCGAAGACGAGAAAGCUCGGCGGCCAAGUCUGCGCUCGAAUUUAUCAACCUCGGAGAGUGCGUGAGCGUCGAUUCAAUUCGCCAAAGGGCUUAUCUAGCUGUUGGAAAUGUUUUGAACGAAGUGGACCUAGAAACCCUGAGAGUCGUCUCUCAACAACGCUUCCCCUGGUCGGUUUUUGCUAUAUCGCAGGAAACCGACUAUUCUGUGCCGCUAACUGUGGCAACCACGCUGAGCUUGCACAUAUACGACGGCAGACUGUCUGAAGUAGAGGAGAAGGAAGCUAUCACAUUACGCUGCGAGCAGCCAGCCAUUCCUUUAGUUCCAGAUUCGGAGAUCUAUCCUCCACCAGACUCGCCUCUAUUUCAGCUUCAGGCAAACGGGAAGCCUCCGCAUCGGAUUCGAAGCCCCGGGCCAUCGGACACAAGCGACAACUACGCUCCUCUAUUUCAACCGGGGCCUCUAACCCUUCUACAUCCUCCAGCUCCGCACGUGAAUUCGAUCUUCCUCGCAGGCCGUUUCCCAAGUAUACUGCAAUAUGAUCGCCGGUAUUUCCCCAGACUACAAAGUACUGUCCACUCAGGUGGACGGCUCUGCGGUCUUGUGUCAGUCCCUGCACCGCGAUUCCCCGUAUUUUCUAGCUCUGCAUUUCCGGAUUCGCACAUGGUGGUAGCUUGUGGGGAAUAUAACGGUAAGGGUUCGCUUGAGCUCUACAGUCUUACUCCCUCGGGCGAAAACGACGAAAACCGACCCUCAGGUUGCUCUUCAACCAUGUCUAUCAAGUAUCAAAAUCGACAAAGUGCCGCACGGUCGAAAAUUCUCUCCGUUGAAUCGCACGGGACUCGCAUCGUGUAUUCCGACGGAGAUGGUAACAUCAAAUGGGUCGAGCGCGACGGCCGUAGUGAAGUCCGACGACUAAAUAUUAACUCCUAUCGGUCACCUUUCGGAACAACUUUGAAGUCAACUACCCAAGCCUCGCCCUUUGAUGAUGACGAUGAAGCAGCUACAGCGUCUGGUCUGUGGGCUAGUGUCUCCCGUGCCCAGAAUGAGGGCGAUGUGGCACGUAAGAUCCUUCCAACAGGCGGAAAUCUGACUGGAGAUGAACUCCUCAUUUGGACAGGGGAGCGACUGGGCCGCGUCAGGUUUUCAGACACCCUAGAUUUGGAGUAUACAGACGAAGAGGACGAGAUGUCUCUUGACGGAGAAACCGACGAAGUGGCGCGCGAAGAAAUCAGGUCUAGAAAACGAGAAUUGAAGGCUCGUGAACGCGAGUACUCUAAGAUGAUGCGCAGAGCCCUCGAAAGACAAGCAGAUGAAGUACGGCGGAUGGGUGAUUUUGGUCUUUAAACUCAUUUCUACUCUCCCUUUCACCCCUCGUGUUUUUGUUUAUUGGGCAUGACGCAUCCCACUUAUCUAUCGAAAGUCCGAAGCCUGUUUCCC